AUGGCUUCUUCGUCGGCGAUAAUUGUUCGACUCAAAGGAUUGCCACUGUCUGCACGAGCGGGCGAUGUACGAGCUUUUUUCAGCGCUUUGCGCAUUCCUGAGGGCGGAGUACACAUUGUCGGUGGACCUGAAGGAGAUUGUUUCAUUGCGUUUUCGAAUGACGAGGACGCUCGACAAGCUUUUCAAAAGGAUCGACAGCACAUUCACGGCGAAGAGGUUCGACUUCUAUUUUCGUCGCGCAAUGAAAUGAAUGAGGUGAUCGCUCGUGCUCGGGCCGGAGCUCUGGCGACAAAGGUGCCCGUUGUGGCCACGCCUCGAGCAACAAGUCCACCCGCGUAUGCCCGUGGUGCUCCAUACGAGCCCGUUUAUCCACAAACCACCGCUCAACCAAAACCAAUUGCAAAUAGUGGACCAAAGUAUCAACAAGAAGAAUCACCAGCAUGGAAUGGAUUGACGGCCUACAAUGGCCCAGCCACCACGGAGAACGCGUAUCGACAAGAGCCGAAAUAUUCACAGCAGAUGCCAUCCGGUCAACAACCAAAGCACACAUAUCAACAGGAAAACGUCGAUUCAUUUCAACAAAGUCAGCCGAACACAUAUCGACAGAAUUAUCCGGUGAAUGGACCUCGAGGAUUAAAUGCACCAUCUCAACGUCAAGUAUUGCUCUCUCCACCGAAUAAAAAUGAACAUUCUUCCAGAGAAAAUGGAACAACAUUGAAACCGGAAAAUGUCCAAUUUGCUUUGAAUUCAGCUUUUGCAUCUGCUGACCAUUCACAUUUCGAACAAAAAACAUUGACGGCAACAAGUGUUCCCGGUGCUUUUGGUGGUCCUGGAAGCUCGCAACAGCAUCCUGGAGCAGCCCCAUUCGAUCGCUCUCAAAUGCCACCGUUCAAGUCACCACCGUUUGCGCCUAAGGGACAAGAAAGCAUUACAUCGCCUACAAUCUCGAAUUUGACGACAAAUCGAUCGCCGAUUGCUCAACCACAGAAGAGUGAAUCCUGGAAAAAACCUGAGCACGAGAUUCUUCCUUCUAUUCCUGCGAUUCCACAGCGCGUAAAUUUGCCACCUCCACCAAUAAAUGGACAGCUUCCGUGGCCUCCAGGAAGGUUGCCACCAACACCAGCUUUUCCUAUGGCAGGCCCACCAAUGAAUGGAUUGCCACCUGUUUUACCACCAAAUAGACCCGUUGCACCACCCGGACCAAUUGGUUUGAGACCACCACCAGUGUUUCCACAAUACGUCGAACUCACUCGUUUGCCAACUGAAAUGCUUCGACCAACAACUUUGGAGGAAUGGAUCCGUCCAUCAAUUUCACUAAAGCUUUCAUCAGUCAAAGUCGUCUACGAUCAUAAUGGAAUUCACCUUCAUUCGUUGGUAAAGUUGGAAUGUUUCAAGGAUGCACAGGAUAUAUUGGCACGGAACAACGAGCUUGGAAUCAAAGUAAGAAAAACGACACAAGAGGCUUUCGAUUCGGCGGUCGAUGGAAUUCCAGCUGACAGACACCGUGAUGGUCCGAUGGAAAGAGAUCACGAUCGAAGAUCUCCAGAUCGAAGGAGACGCCGAUCAAGAAGCCCACCCCGCAGAAGAAGAAGCCCAGCAAGGCGUCGAAGUCGUAGCCCAAGAGAUGGAAGGGGUUGGAAAGGACGAGAUCGUCGGGAUAGAUCUCGAUCGCCUCGUCAGCGCUCCCGCUCUCCAAGAAGACAUCGUCGAAUGACCUCUAGAACCCCGUCACCAUCUAAACCGCAUUUGGAUGAUGAUCCAAAUCGUUUCAUGAUUCAGGCCAACAAUGUGCCAUUUAAAUGCAAGGAUUACGAGUUUAGAGAGUGGCUUGGUGGAAAAUCGAAAUUUGCAAAACGUACCGCUUUUGAAGAUGGAAAUGCUAGUGAUCGCUGGAUUUGUGAAUUCCGCACCAAAGACGAGAUGGACGAGGCAUUGAAAAAGGAUAGAGAAUUUUGCCAAGGUCGACGAAUCAGAUUGAAGUGGAUUGGAAGUUUUGAAGCGGACAAAUAUCUUCAAAUCCGAGAUCGCUUUGGCGAGCAAAAGACCAUUGAAUACACAAUGAAGGCAAUGGCUGAACAGGGUCUUGAUGAUGUUGCCUGUGAUCCCACAAAGUUUGGCGCUUUCAGUGCUCCAUCGAUUCCAAUGUUGGCUCCAAUGAUGCGCGAACCGGGUCGACCAGUGUUCUCCGUUGGUCCACCAAUGUUUGGCGGUCCACCAUGUCCACCAGGUCCCGGAAUGGGAAUCGGUGGCAUUCCGCAAUUCCAUGGUCCACCCGGUCCGAUGCCAGCACCCUUGAUGGACUUUGCUCAUUUUGGACGUGGCAGUGGAGGCCCUGUUUCAGGAUUUAGAGGACGAGGAGGGCGCGGGCGUGGUGGUAACUUUGGUACACCCGGAAAUAGACCGCUUUGGGGAGAGAAUCAAAAUAUGCCACAUGGAUUCGACCGGCGAGGCAACGGACGUGGUCGCGGCUUUGGUUUGGGCCGUGGAAAUCACUUUUCAUCCCGUCCAAAUGGCUCUAACUCUGAAGAUGGGGGAAUUGGCGGAAAUGAUGUCGUUCAAAAAAUUGAGAUUGGCGAGUCUAUUACUGGAGAACUAGGACCACCGGGAACGGUAAUCAUCAGUUCGGGUUUUGAUAACGGGGUCUGUAUGGAAGAUGUGAUGAAUUUCUUCAACGGUUUCCCCAUCGAACAGCCAAGUGUCCGUAUCAGAAUGGAUGACAAGGCGGUGCCCACUGGAGAGUGCAUGUUAGCCAUGGCGAAUACGGAGGCUGCUCACAAUGCCGCCGCAAAAUUAAACGGAAAGAUGUUCAAAGCAAACGCGAUCUCGGUGGCACUUGCCAUA